AAAAAAAUAAAAAUAAAAAAUCUAAGCCAACUUCUUAGCUCUCUCUCCACUUGCUGCCUUUUCGUUUCUCUUCCUCUUUAAUUUCUGAUCGCCACCUCCCUCUCUGUCUCCUUUCUUCUCGUUAGUGUUAUCAGGAGGUAAUCAACAAUGACGGUCACAUCCAAAAUCUCCAUUAAUGACGGGAACCUUGUUGUUCAUGGGAAGACCAUCCUGACUGGAGUUCCAGAUAACAUUGUCCUGACUCCAGGUUCAGGUGUGGGGCUUGUUUCUGGUGCUUUCAUUGGUGCCACUGCUUCAGAUAGCAAGAGCCUUCAUGUCUUCCCUGGGUCUUCGAUUCUGUGUUUGUUCCGGUUCAAGUUAUGGUGGAUGACACUGAGAAUGGGAACAUGUGGAAGUGAUGUUCCUUUGGAGACACAAUUCAUGCUUGUGGAGAGCAAGGAUGAUGCUGAAGGAGGUGAUCAAGAUAAUGCCCCAACCAUCUACACUGUCUUCCUUCCUCUCCUUGAAGGCCAGUUCCGUGCUGUCCUGCAAGGCAAUGAAAGGAAUGAGUUAGAGAUAUGCCUCGAGAGUGGAGAUAAUGUUGUUGAAACAAACCAAGGGCUAUACCUUGUUUACAUGCAUGCUGGGACCAAUCCUUUUGAAGUUAUCAAUCAGGCUGUAAAGGCAUUAGAGAAACACUUGCAAACCCUUCUUCAUAGAGAGAAGAAGAAGGAUGCUUUUUACACUGAUGUCAUUGUUGAAGGGGUUGAAGAAGGACUUAAAAGUCUAUCAAAGGAAGGAACUCCUCCACAAUUUCUCCUAAUUGAUGAUGGUUGGCAGCAGAUUGAGAAAAAGCCAAAAGAAAGUGACUGUGUUGUACAAGAAGGAGCUCAGUUUGUUUAUGUCUGGCAUGCAUUGGCUGGUUACUGGGGUGGAGUCAAACUUGCAACAAUUGACAUAGUCAUGGACAACCUUGCCGUUCAUGGUCUUGGUUUGGUGCAUCCAAAGAAGGUUUUGAACUUCUACAAUGAGCUCCAUGCUUAUCUGGCUUCAUGUGGAGUUGAUGGAGUGGAGGUUGAUGUGCAAAACAUCAUUGAGACCCUGGGUGCUGGCCAUGGCGGCAGAGUCUCUCUCACACGGAGUUAUAUUCAAGCCCUUGAAGCUUCGAUUUCCCGGAACUUCCCUGACAAUGGAUGCAUAGCUUGCAUGUGCCAUAAUAUUGAUGGAAUCUAUAGUGCCAAGCAGACUGCUGUGGUUAGAGCUUCAGAUGACUUCUAUCCUCGUGAUCCCGCUUCACACACCAUCCACAUUUCCUCAGUGGCUAUUUUCCUUGGAGAGUUUAUGCGACCUGAUUGGGACAUGUUCCAUGUAAAGCUUACACCAGCUACUGAAUAUCAUGCUGCUGCUCGUGCAGUUGGAGGAUGUCCAAUUUAUGUCAGUGAUAAGCUUGGCAACCACAACUUUGAGCUCUUAAAGAAGCUGGUUCUUCUUGAUGGAUCAGUACUCCGUGCCCAACUUCCUGGGAGGCCCACUCGUGACUGCCUCUUUGUUGAUCCCACCAGAGAUGGGCUUACUCAGACUGUGAACAAAUGCUCUGGUGUGGUUGGUGUCUUCAACUGUCAAGGUGCUAGUUGGUGCAAAGUCACUAAGAAAACUUGCAUUCACGAUGCGUCUCCUGGUACCCUUACUAGUUCUAUCCGUGCUACUGAUGUUGACCUAAUUGCUCAGAUUGCUGGUUUAGAUUGGAAAGGAGAGACCAUAGUUUAUGCUCAUAGAAGUGGGGAAGUGAUACGAUUACCAAAAGAUGCUUCAGUGCCUGUUACGCUUAAAGUUCUUGACUAUGAUGCAGGAAAUCACCUCAACAUUUCAUUUGCACCAAUUGGUCUGCUUGACAUGUUGAACUCCAGCUGUGCUGUGGAGCAGGUGGAAGUGCACUUGGCAUCAGACAAGAAACCUGAGCAUUUUGAUGGUGAAGUCUCCUCUGAGCUAACAACCACCCUCAGUGACAACAGGUCUCCAACCGCAACAAUUGCCCUCAAGGUCAGGGGUUGCAGAAGGUUUGGUGCAUACUCUUCUCAACGUCCACUGAAGUGUAGAGUUGGCAAUGUUGAGACAUAUUUCAACUAUGACUUUGCCACUGGAUUGCUCACCCUGACUCUGCCAGUGCCACAAGAGGAUAUGUAUAGAUGGCCGGUGGAGAUACAAGUUUGAAGUAGCUAGUUCCAUGACUAUCCGUAUUAGAGCAUCAUAAUUUCAGUGAGAGUGGGGAAGGAGAGUAGGAUGUGUGUAGGGGUGUUUGUGAGUACUGGGGUGGGAUUGCGCCUUCAUCUGAAGGCACUAUGUUGUUGUUCAUUUAUCUCCAAUAAGGCUGUCUAGUUUUGUCUUCAAUAGUAGUGUUUGUGUAGUGUUUACAAUUGGCGCACAAUAAUUAAUGGGUAUGAUGAACUAAUGGCCUUAGCUCUAAGAAACUCUGUAAAAAGUCUAGCUUUUAGAAUUAAUAUGUCUUUGGUGAUUCUAAUAGUAAUUUUACACUAGAACAAUUCUCACCGUUAGUAUUUUGCUAA